AUGUCAUCAGAAUAGGUUGAGACAAAUAACCAAGAAUAAAGAAUGUCAACAGACAACGUAUAGUAAAUUGAAUUAACUUCGGUUUAAAAUGAAAAUAGAACCCAAGGAGUUUCAUAGGUUCUUCUUCCGAAAACUGAAAAACAGGAAUCUCUUCAUUCAGUAAUUUAAUAAGUUCAAAUACCUUAAAAUAACAAUUAACAAGAACCUGAAUUGGAGGGGUUGAAUAUUUAAAAUAACAAUAUUCAUGAAGGUAUAGUAACGGAUGAUAGAAUUAAUAUCGAAAAAGAUAUACCUGAAGAAUCCCAUUAACAUUUAGAAUAUCUGGGUUAAUUAAUUGACUUUAUAAAUAAACGAUUUAACGAAGUUAAAAGAUCCUCCAGUAUUUAUAAAUAUUAUACUAAAAUUAUAUUUUAGAUACUUAUUUAUAUAUCUACGAUUUUGGAGUUAAUAUUUACUUUAUAAUAUGGGAAAGUAAAUAACAUUUCAGAUGCACCGGUUUAUGAAGGAUUAUAUUAUUUUUCAAUAGCUCUAGCCAUUUUGCUUCAUGUAUAUGUUUGGAUUUAUACAUAUAAAUACAUGAAUGUAUAAAGACAUCAUCUUUGUUGGGAUCUAUUGAAUUAUGUUUAUUAUGCUAUUAUUGGAAUCCUGAGCUACAUAAAACUGUUGCCCUUUUUUGUGUUUUACUCCAGAGAUAAGUCCAUUCAAUAGUUUUCAUUCAGUUAGAUCAACAAGUAUCUAAUAAUGACAAGUGAAGACAGAUAAGGAAAUCCCUCUGGGUUGUUUAAGAAAAGAACUAAACCAGUAAAUAUUUUCAGAGACUUGAUAUUCCAUCGUAUAGCUUUAAUUUCUAUGAUGAUUACAUUCUUAACACAAUCAAUUCCAAUGCUUUUUAUAUAAGGAUUUUUUAAUGCUAAGGUAGGUAGAUGGGACGAUUAUAAUAACUUUAACUAUUUUCUUUUGGUUGUUAAUAUCCUUUACUACCUAACUGAACUUUAAUUUAUUGUAUUUACUACUACUUAUCGUUAAAUAACUCUAGAUAUUUAAGAGAAAUUGCACAAAAUUGGAAUUUAUAAAAUUCAAGAAACUAAAUAACUCCUUAAGGCUGAUGAAUCCUAUCUUGAAAAUGUGUAAUCAUUUUACUUUCAAAUAGACACAAGUAAGUUCAGUGAUUAUGAGAAAAGAAGAUGUAUAAUUUAAAUAAUUAAAUUUAUUUUGAGAUUAAGACUUCUCAAAUUAAUCGCCAUUUCAAAUAUUGAUUCUUAUAAACCAGUAACAUUAUAAUAUUUGGCUAAUGCAUUUGAAUUUAUAGAAAUCAAUAAGAUCAUAUUGUGUUAUAAGAAUAGUGAAAAGUUAGAAGAACUCAAGAAUACAUUCUCUAAUUUUUCUAACUGUCAAAUAGUUCAUGAGGAUGAAAUCAAUUUAGGUGGUAUAUGGAAUAGUGAUCAACAAGAAGAAACUUAAGGAGAAAUCAAAAGAACUACUGUCUAAGUUAACACAAAUAGACAAUCUAAUAUAAUUGCAUAAAUUACUGGACACAGAAACAGGCAGAUUUCAACUAUUUUUUAUUUAAUGGCUCCAGAUCAAUUACGUCCAAAGUUUAGUAUGAGUGAUUCAUUAAAUAAGUAGAUUAAUAGGGAGAGAUAAGUAGAGAAAGAUAGAUUAUAGAGAAUUUGUAAUCAAAAUAACAGUUUAGAAGAAAUUAGACAAGAAAAUGAUAACAUAAUCAAUGAAAUUACUAAGCUUGAAAUUCUUAAAGAAUAAUUAGGAUGUUUUAGAAGAUUAGCUGAUUGCUAUCAAUAUUAUGAGACUAUUAAGAGAAUGAACGUUUUCCAAGGUAUAGUCCAAAGUCUUGUAUCAUUGUUGAAUUUAACCUUUUAAAUAAUGCAAUAUGUGUAUUUCAUUUAAGUGGAAAAAGAUAGUUUAAUUUGGGCACUUAUCAUUUUGUAGAUUUUAAAUCCCAUUUUGCAAUUAAUAUCUUUUGCUAUGUUUUAUGUCAAACUAUACAAGAAUUCAGCCAUUUAUGAAAUGAUCUCAGUAAUUUUUCUCUUUUUCAUAUUCAAUCUCUUAAAAAUCUGGGAUCUAGUUAUGAAGAUCAUUUUCCUUUGUUUUAAAUACAUCAUUGAAAGAGCUGAAAGAAAUUUCGCUGCCAUUAAUGUCAAAGCCUAUAUUAGAUUUAAAAGUUAUGCAGCUAAAUUUAAAGGAAGUAUUGGAAUUGUUGCUUUUGAUUAUGGGGAUGUUUAACUUGAUCCAUCUAGUUUAUGGGAUAUCUCGAGUGCUCCCACCUAUUAGGCUAUUAUAUGGAGAACAAGUGUUGAUGAAGCCUUAAAUAAGAUACCCCAGUUUUUUAUCUAUAUUUUAACAGUAAAUAAAGAUUACGCUUGGGGUUUCUCAAUUGUAAGUAGUGUUAAAGAUGGCUUUUUUGCAGUGAAAGAUCUAUUGGCAGUUGUAAUUAAAGACUUCUUUGUACCUGCACUGAUAUUAAGAAAAGUAUCUGUUGAUUAGUUUUUUUAAUCAAUGUCUUAUUUGAGUUCAAUUUAAGAAUCAAUUUUAAUAGAAUAUCCAAAAUCAUAUGCUAUUGUUUCCAAAUUAGAUAGGUUUAUUAUAAAUAAAAGAAAAUAUAAAAUUGAUUUCACUAAAUUAGAUUAUUCUUAUUUUGAGUAGUAGAGAAAGAAAAAAUUAUAGGCUCAAUUGAAAUUGGUUUUAGUAAAUAUAACUUCAAGUCUUGAAAUCGAAAAAGCAUAAGAAUUUUUAUAUAUGGGUGAAGAACUUAUUCCAAUAUUCAAAUGUUUAUAAGUGAGUGAACUCUAACAAUUGAAGUUAAAUUUUUCAUUGGAUGAAAUUGCUCCUGAAAAUUUAUGGCUUAUGAAUAUUAUCCUGUUGUAUUGUCCAAAAAAUAGCCUAAAACAAUUGGAAAUACGUGUUGAAACAAAAAGGGCAAUUUAUCUUAACCUUGAUUUAGAAAGAAGAAAGACUUUAACUGGCUUUGGUUAUUCUUAUUAUUAAAUUAGAGAAAUGAUAAGAUAGAAUAGAGUACAAAAUGCUGAAACCAUAAUUAUAGAUAAAUAGUUUCUUAAAUUAGAUAGAUAUAAUUUUUCAGAAUUUUAUCUCGAAGUUGGAGGUUGUUUAGAUUUAAAAAAUUGCAAAACUUUCUUUAAUCAGUUUAUUGAAGUCAAAACUUUAGAAAUAGCACUAUAAUCAGAUAGUGAGAAUUAAGGUUUUAGUUUAUAACAGAAUAUUAAUAGUAAAGUAUUAACUAAACUAUCAUUGAACUUUUAAAAUAUUGAAUUAAAUACAUAAGGAUUUAGUUUAUCUAAUCUACAAGAGUUUAAAUUGACUUUAAUAAAUUGUAAAUUUGACAGCAAAGAUUUGCAAAGACUAUUACUUACAAUGAAAUAGGGACGUAUCAUUUUGAAUUUAAGGUAAAAAAUUUUAAUAUUUUAGAUAAGCGCUUGUAAGGAACUGCGAAAGGCAAUGUAUGGAGAGGAGUAUGAUUAGAUCAAUGAGAACUGAGGAUUUUGGAUUAAAUUAAAAAGAGAUGGGGGAUAUUCAAUAAUAACUAUAAAAUAGAGGAGUUAGAAUCACCAUUUUGAUUUGA